AUGUUCUUCAAGAGCGCUUUUGUAGGCACUCUGCUUGCUGCUGGACACGCAACUGCCUUCAAAGGCCCCCAAGUGAACGCGCUUCUCGAACCGGGCCAGGACGUGGAGGAGGUACUACGGAGGGACGCAGAGUUCAUGGCGACCCUUACUCAAAGACAAGAUGCCAACUCUGCCGAUUCAGCACCGCUAGCAUCGCUAACACCCGCGACUGGUGAUGCGUCGGGUGUCGAUCAAGCAAAGUGGGAGCAACAGACAAAGGAAGCAUGUAUGAGCACGCUCAGCAACCUCAACGGCCAAGCGUCGAACCCGAGUGGGAUCGCCGUGUGCUACAACCUACCUUUCCUUGACAACAAGACGGGUGUCUUCCAGGCGGAGCUCCGAAUGUAUAAUGUGUCAGCUCCCAUCAACCCAUGGGUUGGCGUUACCGCGGCCGAUGUCAGCAUGACACUUUCGUACCUCGGUGCGACCGUGCAGAACAUGCGAGGCAACUUCACCAAGCGGGAUCUUAGCUGGCCAGUCAGUGAGGGUAUGCUGGUUGAGAGGCAAGACAUCAACACCAUGACGGAACUCAAGGUCCUCAUGUAUGUCGGAAGGAUCAAUGAGAACCUGAUGGGCUCAGCCAUGACCCAAGAAUCCCUCCAACCCCUUCUCAUCCCGCAAAUCGACCUCGCUGCGCGAAACCCUGCAACCGGCCAGGACGUCGAAACCACUCUCUCUUCCCAGGAGGCAUCAUUCGUCAACGGUAUCUUCUCCAAGGCAGGCAACGCUCCCACCAACGCAGACCCCCAAGCCGCAGCAUCCGCAUCUGCAGCCGUCUCCUCUGCCGCACCGUUCAUCAUCCCCGGAACUGCCUUGGCUUUCUUCCCAAUCGGUCUGGUCGUCACAUCCGUAUGGGCGCUCUUCUUCUUCCUUGCCGUUGGAUUCGGAACAUACGGUCGCAUCCAAUACCGUGACCAAUACAGGAGGCGUGUACGCGCCGAGUUGGCACGUGGCGUCCGCACCAUCUAA